AUGGCAUUGCACGAGGUGUCGGCGGCGCGCCGACGGACAAACAGCAUGAGCUUGGACGAGUCUUCGCCGCAUCGGCCGCUCGCAUUGCCUCCGAUCGACCACGACUUGUUUGAGGAGGAAAUGUGGUCCAACAUAUUUGCCGACGACGACGAUGGAAUCGCCAGUGCCGACGGACGCCGCGCAGGAGACGAUUCGAACCUUGCACACGCCGAGUGGCACCAUCUCAACCGUGACGACGACGAAGUCAGUGAGAACGACGCUCCAGAAUCGCCGUGGGCAGUGUCGGCGACAGAGCACCACCGACCAAGCCACAUUUUGGACAUCCUCGACCAACGCGACCAGUACGCGCUCCAGCCAUCGUUUGACGCAUCCGCACACCGGAUUCCGUUUGUGGUCCUCCCCGUGGCAACGACAGCGCUGUCCAAGCCGCUGUGCCGAUUUGACGGUCUUGUCGUUGUCGGGAUGGAAGACCCCCACGAAAAGAAUCGCCUCGUGCUGACCAACUUUCGAGCAACCGCGUCGAUGGUCGCCACGUCGGCGGCGUCGCUGCCCCUUGCCAACACGGUGCGUGAUUUGCAAUGGGUGAACGCGACGAUUGUUGCCGCGGCCAUCGGGAAAGACAUCCAGCUCGUCCAAGUGCCACCGGCAGGCGACGGCACGGUCGGGUGCUUGAUGGGAGGGCCGAUCACGAUGGCGCAUUCGGACGCGAUCCGAGAAAUGGCGAUGCCGCCCCCUGGCGUCGGGCGCGACGGCUGCAUUCUGUCUGGAGGAUUUGACGAAACGGUGUGCGUGACUGAUUUGGACAAGGAAGAUGUCGUCCUCAAGUUCGACGCGCGCAACGUUGUGAGCAGCGUCCGGUGGAUGCCAGGCGAAUCCAACCACGUGAGCUGGACAACGGACGGCGGCAUGUUUAGCCUAGCCGACUUGCGCGUGCGGUCGUCGACUGGCCAGAUCCACUUCGAGUCGCCACUCGCAUUUGGACACUCAGGCGGGCUCUUUUCCCACGACUACUUGUCGCCGACGACCGUCGUCCUCGGGUACGAGAGCGGCCACGUGGCGUGCAUGGAUCUGCGAAGGCCGACCAAGGAAGCGUGCUAUGCCGUGUACAAGACGCCUCUGGCGGCUGUCGGCGACGUGCGCAAGCUGCCGUCGUCGACGGCGGAGGUUGCGUUGUUUGGGGCUAGCGGGUUGGCGCUGGCCAACUUUGACGCGACGAUCCCCGACUCGAACGAGUGGCGCAUAUCGUUUUCGUCCAAGACUCGCAAGGGGUGCACGACGAGUGGCGACAUUGCGUUGGGCGACUCCAACUUGAUGGCCGUCUCGGACAGUUUGGGCAUGGUGUCUGUGUUUUACGUGCCAACAUUUGCCGCGCAUGCGCCAUGUUCGUCGUCUUUGCAUCCGUUUGAGACCGCGGAAUCGCCUCGGGCCAUGUCGUUUUAA